GCGAAUUUUGUUUCUUACCUCCAUACCUUUCUUUGCCUAGUAUAGCCGACAGACUUCCACACUCUCUCUCACUCACUCUUCAAAGCUUCGAAUCUCUCUCUUUAAUGGUGAAGAAGAAGAAGAUCUGAACUUAUAAAGUGUUUUUCUUCUUCUACUCUGCAUUUCAAUGGCGGCUUUGCAUGUCUAUUAAAACCAACAAAUCAUUAAGAAAACAGUAAAGAUGAUGGGCAAAACAUCAAAGUUUUCUUAUUCUUUUACUUCACCUUAUUUCUUCUUCUUCACUGUUACAAUCUUGAUUUUUGUUUGUGGUUCUCUCAUUGAAGCUACUACUGAUCCAGCUGAUGUCAGAGCUCUACAAGUCUUUUUUACUUCAUUGAAUAGUCCGUCUCAGCUAUCUGGUUGGAAAUCAGAUUCUGGUGAUCCUUGUGCUGAAUCAUGGAAAGGGAUUACUUGCGAGGGUUCUUCUGUUGUAGCGAUUCAGGUUUCAGGAUUGGGGCUAACUGGAACUUUGGGAUAUUUGCUAUCAGACCUUUUCAAUUUGAAAACACUGGAUUUAAGUGACAACACUAUUCAUGAUUCAAUACCAUAUCAAUUGCCACCAAAUCUUACAACCCUAAAUCUCGCAAAGAACAAUUUAACAGGAAACCUGCCUUACUCCAUUUCUCUCAUGACUUCGCUUAUUUACUUGAAUGUUAGCCAGAACUCUCUGUCACAGCCAAUUGGGGAUAUACUUGCCAAUCUUCAGGCUGUCUCGCUCAUGGAUCUGUCAUUCAACAACUUCGUUGGAGAUCUUCCAAAUUCUUUUAGUUCCAUGUCCAACCUUUCUAGCCUCUAUCUUCAAAACAAUGAGUUAACAGGUUCGAUUAAUGUUCUUGCUGGUCUGCCCUUAACCAAUCUAGAUAUUGCAAAUAACCAUUUCACUGGCUGGAUACCAUGGGAGUUUAAGUCAAUCCCUAAUCUUAUAUCUGAUGGGAAUUUGUUCGACAAUGGCCCUGCUCCUCCCCCACCACCAUACACCUCACCUCCUCCAGGUAUAUCUCAUGAUAAGCAUAACCGUACUCGGGGGGAUGGAUCUGACAGCGGGGGUUCACAUUCGAGUCAGCAGAAAAAGUUGAAAGUGGGUCCUAUAAUAGGCAUAGUUGUGGGUUCUAUAGUGGUGCUUGUAUGUGCAAUGCUAGCUCUUGUUUUUUGCUUCAGAAGAUUUUCAAAAGACAAACAAGAGGAUGAAAGGAGUUCACGGGAUUUCUUAGGAGCUCUUUCUCUUGGUGCGGAUAAAGAAGUUCAAGACCCAAGGAUCAAAAGUACGGCCACUACAACAGAUCUGAAACCCCUGCCUGCAGAAAUUUUGAUGGGCGAGCGAGCAUAUGGUAAACCUGGGUCUGUAAAGCGAACGAGUAGCCCUAUUACUGCAACUUCCUAUACUAUCGCUUCUCUGCAAACUGCAACAAACAGCUUUAGUCAGGAAUGUCUAGUUGGUGAAGGUUCUCUUGGUCGUGUCUACAGGGCGGAGUUCCCCAAUGAAAAGAUUUUGGCAGUUAAGAAGAUCGAUAGUGCGGCAUUGUCAUUGCAGGAGGACGAUCAUUUUGUUGAAGCUGUUUCAAACAUGUCCCGUCUUAGACACCCUAAUAUUGUUACACUGGUGGGGUAUAGCACCGAGCAUGGACAACGCAUUCUGGUGUAUGAGUAUAUUGGAAAUGGAAAUCUACAUGAUAUGUUGCACUUUGGGGAUGAUAGUGGCAAAUCACUUCCAUGGAACGCACGCGUUAAGGUUGCACUUGGCACUGCUAGGGCUCUGGAGUACUUACAUGAAGUUUGCUUGCCAUCUGUUGUGCAUAGAAACUUCAAAUCUGCAAACAUUUUACUUGAUGAACAGUUUAACCCCCAUUUGUCGGAUUGUGGACUAGCUGCAUUAACACCAAACACUGAGCGGCAGGUUUCCACUCAGAUGGUUGCUUCUUUUGGUUAUAGUGCUCCCGAAUUUGCUAUGUCAGGGAUUUAUACUGUCAAAAGUGAUGUGUACAGCUUUGGAGUUGUUAUGUUAGAGUUGCUGACGGGUCGGAAGCCACUUGAUAGUUCAAGGCCAAGAGCUGAACAAUCUUUAGUCAGAUGGGCAACUCCACAACUGCAUGAUAUUGAUGCGUUGUCUAGAAUGGUUGAUCCUGCAUUAGAUGGCAUGUAUCCUGCGAAGUCUCUUUCACGGUUUGCUGACAUUAUUGCCUUAUGCGUCCAGCCUGAACCAGAGUUUCGGCCUCCAGUUUCCGAAGUAGUGCAAGCAUUGAUUAGAUUAAUGCAAAGGGCAAGUGUGGUUAAAAGACGUUCAAACGAAGAAUCUGCAUUUCCAUACAAACUUUCAGAUUAUGAGGCCAUCGAGAUGUCAUUUUAAGUGCACGACUAAUUCAUUGAGUUGAUAAUCAUUUUGUAAAUGGCAUUUGCAAUUUUGCGGAAGAGAGUGCAAGUGUCAGAGGUUUCACACCACAAUUUCUAUACACACGAGGGAGGAGAUGCACAAGACAUCAACAGAAAGUAAGGGUAAGUAUGACGGUGAUGUUUAUAGGUAAUUAUUUGGUACAGAUUUCCUUGAUUGGCUGUUGCUAUGUUAGGAGAUUCAUAUCAAGUUGUAUAGUUCUUACAGGGUAUUAUAAUAAAUUAACAUUAAUACACUCAUUUGUAUUUAUAAAGGAAAAAUCUUGAAAGUGCAGUUUUCUGGCUUUCUGUUUUGCGGUUUGGAUAAAA